CUCGCCUGAUUGGUCGUCACCACGCAGCGGAGGUUCCUGCUUCCUGUUUCAGAUCGGAUCGGGGACAACAGAGCAGAUCGUACGGCAUUAUGAGUCAGCGGACAGAGCGCCGGGGGAUACAUGUGGACCAAUCAGACCUGCUGUGCAAAAAGGGAUGUGGUUACUACGGCAACGCAGCAUGGCAGGGUCUGUGCUCCAAGUGCUGGAGGGAGGAGUAUCAGCGGGUACGGCAGAAGCAGAUCCAGGACGACUGGGCCUUAGCAGAAAAGUUGCAACGGGAGGAGGAGGCAGCGUAUGCCAGCAGUCAAGGGGUGCAGUCCCAGCCCCACGCCCAGUCCACAGCAUCACACCCAGGACACGUCUCCCUAGGUCCCUUUUCCAAGUUUGAGGAGAAGAAAACCAAUGAGAAGACUCGAAAAGUGACCACUGUUAAGAAGUUCUUCAGCCCUUCAUCACGCACCACCUCCAAGAAAGAAGCACAAGAGGGCAAAUCACCCAGCCCGUCAAUUAGCCGCCAAGCCAGCUUCGAUACAGACCAAGUGUCCAAGGACUUUGUGGACUUUUUGAAGAAUCUCCAAAAGACCGGCAGGGAGAUCCAUAAGCAGUGUCGAGCCUUCAUAGUCAACAUGUCGAGCAAGAAGGAUCUCGGUGCCGAUGAACUUUCAGAGUGCGUUCAGGAUUUCUACCAGAACAUGGCUGACCGCUUGAUGAGUCACUUUAAAGGCUCUUCAGAUUCUGUGGAGCAGGUGAUGGACCAAGUGGAAAAGUACAUAAUGACUCGAUUGUAUAAGAGCGUGUUCUGUCCAGAAACCACUGAUGACGAGAAGAAGGAUCUGGCCACACAGAACAGGAUAAGGGCUUUACACUGGGUGACCAUACAGAUGCUCUGUGUGUCCAUGGAUGAAGAAAUCCCUGAAGUCUCUGAGAAUGUGGUCAACGCAAUAACAGAUGUCAUCGAGAUGGACUCGAAGAGGGUUCCUCGGGACAAACUUGCGUGCAUUACACGCUGCAGUAAACACAUCUUCAGCGCCAUUAGGAUCACCAAGAAUGAGCCGGCCUCCGCUGAUGACUUUCUCCCUGCGCUCAUUUACAUCGUGCUCAAGGCGAACCCUCCGCGACUUCAGUCCAACAUCCAGUACAUCACUCGCUUCUGUAACCCCAGCAGGCUGAUGACCGGAGAGGAUGGAUAUUACUUCACCAACUUGUGCUGUGCAGCGGCCUUCAUCGAGAAGUUGGACGCUCAGUCUCUCAACCUCUCCCCAGAGGAAUUUGAGCGCUACAUGUCAGGCCAAGCUUCACCACGAUUCAGCACCUCAGACGGCGACUGGCCCCACGCUGGCUCGGCACCUGACGUGACCGCCACCAACCCCGCCCUGGCUCAGCUCAAUCACAAUCUGGAGCUGCUGUCGGGCCUCAGCAGCAAGCAGGAGAAGCUGAUGGAGGCCGCUCAGAGCCUGCAGGCCGACCUCCUCGCCUGGCCCGAGAGCGUGCAACGCGAGGUGCACGGCAUCCUGGAGAAAUACCCUCUGGAGAUUCUGUCUUGCACAGUUUCUGCCAUCGAUGCCAACAACUUGGACAAUGACAACCUGCCACCACCGCUCACACCCCAGGUGUUUGCUGGGUAGUGGAGUCUCCAGAGGGAGGAAGGUACUCUUGCUAAAGUCAGCUAACUACCUGUGUUUUGAGUUUGAUGGUAACAUCCCACAUGCAACCAUCUCCAGUGUAGUUUGCAGCUGAGUUGCUUCUGCACCUUAAAGGCUCAGUGUCGUAAAUCACUCCUUAUAUCAUUUAUGGUACGCUCUUUUUAUUUUAAUAUUUCCACUAUAAAUUGCCCUUAUACAAUGCAAAGGUAGUAUAAGUAGCGUAUUCUGCAACUGUAAUUGAGUGCCUAAUAUAUAUGGAGUAGUGGAUGAAUGACUGAUUUCAGACAGAGCCUCAGUCACACCAGCAUUAUAAACAGUAACAUUUCACACUAUAUAUUUCAAUAUAAUCACAGUGGUCAGUGGAUAUCCUCAAAAGGAAAAGUUGAUUUGCACCGGUGUUACCAGAUGUACGCUAAUUACCGUAUUUGUAUGAUCAUUUUUUCCUUCGUACGAUCAAUAAUGCACAAUGUACGAUAAUUUAUAUUGGACUUGGACAUGCAGUUAAAAAGCAGUCUGUGCUAAUUAAGCUAAAUAGGAAAAUCACACUCUACUUCUUUAAUUCUCCUGUCGGAGUUUAAAGUCACUCAAGAAAUACGUGAGGUUGUUAAUUACUUGACUGAGCUAUUGUGACAGUUAGCAAGCUAGCUAGCUAAAAGUGAUGAUAGUUGCUCAGUAAAACUUGGGCUUUCUUGAACUUGUAUUUGACUCAUAAUCUGUGACGGUAACACUAACAAUCCUGUUUGCUUCCACACCUUUGUGUCACCUCACAGUUGGACUGGUUUGAGCAUUUAUAUAUUGAUAUAUUUAUACAUAUAUUACAUAGGUUUGGGCAUUAAUAGCAACCCAAUCCUCUAACAAGCUGCUUCUUUCAUCACAUCUGCCAAAGGUCACCGUUUUCACUUUUUGUGUUUCUAACGUGUCAUUAUAGGAACGUUACUCCUUUUCUUGCUCUGUUUAAUAUUUUUAUGUUGCAACUGAAAUCCAGCUGUACAAGAAAUAGAGGAAACACAGAAUAAGUCUGUCAACUUGUUGAAGUGAAAUAUCAAAUGAACCUAAAAAGCUCCUUCAGUUUUAUUUUUAUGUUUCAACAUUGUUCUGAGUUUUAAAAAAUGUAGUGCAUUUGGUUAGGGUUUCAUUACUUUUGUUUCUAAAGUGAGUCUGUGUUAUAAGUCAGAAAGCAUCUUAUACUCUAAGUCCUGCUUUUAAGAUAUUCAUUUUGUUGUUUUGUGAUGUUCAGUGUAAUAUUGAAUGUAACAGCAUGCUGUUGUUGUCGUCUGACUGCUGCCCUAUCACUGUCAAAAUGUAUAAUGUCACUAUUAAUUCUAGUGAAGGGACAACUGAACUUUCAAGUUAGGUUACAGUUAAUCACCAUACUCAACUGCAAAGAGAACUAAAGCUCUGUGUGAUCACAUCAUGUGAGUUUUAACAAAUCCAGACACUGGCAGGAUGAUAUUUCCUUUAGCUAAGUAGGUUUUUAACGUGGAUUUAUGUUUUCUCCCUUUUUAAAUCUAAAAUAAAAUAUCUGAAAGUGCAGCACACUCUUUAUUUAUAAAAGGGAAACUGAGUAGAGUAAAAACUAUGAGUACCAUACCAUAUAUAUGAAUGUUUUAUUUAUAAGUUGAGGAGACAUAAAGAAUGAGGCUGAUGAUGUUAAAAAUGAGCAAUUAAUUGAUCCUAAUGAUGUGUAUUUUGUACUUUGUAGCCAGAGCUUGAUAUAUAUAAUUCCUCUGUGCCAUUGAUUGACAACUAUUUGUCAUUUCUGAGGCUGAAAACUGUCCCCAAAGCCCAUUUACUCCUGUUUGAGGGACAUCUGCUAAAAACUACAAUGCCCAUCUGUUAAAGAAAAACAAUGAGCCUUUCUUUUGAAACUGAAUUUAUAUUUGUGACCUGUUUUUAUAGAUUUACAACUUCCAUAGAAAUCAUGUGAGCUAAUCUGGGCUGGGUUAUGGCAAACAGGGGACUAAUGGACUAACAAAUUCUUGGUUUUGGUCUUUUCAUUCGAUUUGUUGACAAGAAAAUCUAGAAUAAUGUCAGUCUUAUCUUUCAAAAAAUAUUGUGAAAUACAAAUCUACCAAAAUCUCAAACAUUUCAUGGAUAUGAUAAAAAAGUUAACACUACCUGAAUCCACUGGAAAACUAUUGCAUUUUCAUGACUGAAACAAAGAAGAGAGUGAAAUUAAACAAAUGACUAUAGUCUCUGUGGCA